CUUUUUUUCCAACAGUUUGAAUUGCAGACUGCCAGUUCUGUGCUUGUGUUGUAGAGUUUCUUCCACAGGCGCACAAGAACACGAAUAAACUUCAAUCACUCAGGGAAGAUGUCUCAAAUGUCCUCGGAUGAAGAGGAACUGACCAGUCCACACCUGCCUCAGGACUCAGACCGGGGCAGUUCAGUGUCUUCUGAACUUCAAGAGGAGUAUGAAGAACUGCUUCGCUUUGCUGUAGUCACCCCAAAGUAUGAUCCAAGUGUCCCAUCCCAGCUGAUACACAGCUCAUCUUCUCUAAAACCUGCCCAGAAUUCCAGUGCAAUGGAUUCUGCAAGAUCUGAGGCGGUUGAGGAUGUCCGAGGAAACGGGAGACGCUCGUCACCUGUACGUGAGGUGAUUUCAGCCACCUGUCCUCAACAGUUAGAAGGAUCCCGACCACAGAGUCAAGUUUCUGAAGGGGAGGAGGUGGCAUCCAGGUCUGACAGAGGAUCAGAAGGAACACAUAGUGACUCAGACAGAUCUGGGAAGAGCAGUCCAGAUCAUGUGAUCAACGUAAUGAUGGAGAUGUUUGUGUCUGAAGAGAACCUGAACAAAAUGGAGGACAUUUUGGACACUUGGAGCAACAACUUGAAGAGUAAUGUGAUGAUGGAGCUACGGAGAUGGAAAAUAGCCUUUGUUGAGCAGCACAGACUGGAGAUGACGAAGGAGAGAGAAAAACACGCCGCUCACGUAGCAGGCAUUAAUGCAGAGAUGGACAGCCUCAAAGACCUGCUCAAUACCUACCAGAUCUCCAAUCAGCGGAAAGAUGAGGUGAUCGUGAAUCUGACGCGGGCGGUUGACAGGCAGCGGGAGCGGGUGGAGCUGAUGAGGAGCUUCACCCAGUGGAGACUCCAGCACAGUGCUGUCAAAGAGGAGGCUCAGGCGAGCAAGUUGGCAGAGCAACACUACCAACUGCAGUUGAAGAAGAAAGUGUGGGCUGCCUGGCACUCGCUUAUCCAAAGAGGCUGGAGGGAGAGGGCAGAGCGGGCAUGCCGUGCUCGUGCUGAGGAGGUCUGUCUGCAACUCUCUGCUGACUAUGAGGCUAAGCUGGCGGAGCAUGCAGAGGCCCUACAGAAAGCUCAAGCCGAGAUCCAAAGGCUGCACAGAGAGAGAGAGCGCUAUGAAGACUCCAUGAAGAAGGCGUUCAUGCGUGGUGUCUGUGCUCUGAACAUCGAGGCACUCAGCAUGUUCCAUACUGCAGAUACAGGCAGACAGGAGCAAGGUUUUCCGGUCGAGACAGUUGAGGAAUAUAAAUACCUGGGAACCAUUCUGGACUGCCAACUGAGGUUCUCUUCCAACACAGAAGGGAUCCUGAGGAAGUGCCACCAGAGGAUGUACCUACUAAGGAAACUGAACUCUUUUUCUGUCAGUCAGAACAUCUUGUUGACAUUCUAUUAUACAUUCAUUGAAAGUGUUUUAGCUUUUUCUAUAUGCUGUUGGUAUUACUCCAUUACUGUACAGGAUAGGAACCGCCUGCAUAAUAUUGUCAAGGUGUGUUCUAAGAUUAUUGCACUUCCUGCUCGCCACCUGAAUACUGUGUACGACCAGCAGGCUAGCGGCCUGGCUCGUCGAAUUCUUAAGGACUCAACUCGUGCUUUUGUUCCCGGCAUUUGAGCAGCUGCCAUCUGGUCGCAGGUUCCGCUGUCCGGCCUGUAAGACCCAGAGGAGGAGAGCAACCUUUGUUCCAAGUGUUAUUCUCCUCCUGAACUCUAAGAAAUCUAAGACAGUUACAAUAACUUAAGUCUUCUGUACAAUACUCUAGUGCAGUAUCACAUGUCCUGAUGUGCAAUAUUACAAUAUCACCUUGUCACUUUAACUACAAUGCCACUCUAAUCAUAUUGUCAUUUUAAUUUUAUCCACGCGUAAUUUUAUUUAUUUGUCAUAUUUUAUCUGCUACCUUUUUUUAUUUAUUUUUUUUUCUUUUACUUUGUUACUGGCAACAGGCCUGCCAUUGUAUAUUGUACAUACGGUAAUAUGCUUUUUUUUUUUCCCCACCCAUUUUUGUGAUUUUAUUCUCUUUGUGAUUUUAUUUUCUUGCUCUUUUAAUGUACUGCUCUUCACCCUUCUAAUUGCCCUUCGGGGAUAAAUAAAGUUUUGUCUAAGUCCUGCACACCGGCUUGGAGGAAUUUUAGCCCAUUCCUCCGUACAGAACAGCUUCAACUCUGGGAUGUUGGUGGGUUUCCUCACAUGAACUGCUCGCUUCAGGUCCUUCCACAACAUUUCGAUUGGAUUAAGGUCAGGACUUUGACUUGGCCAUUCCAAAACAUUACCUUUAUUCUUCUUUAACCAUUCUUUGGUAGAAUGACUUGUGUGCUUAGGGUCAUUGUCUUGCUGCAUGACCCACCUUCUCUUGAGAUUCAGUUCAUGGACAGAUGUCCUGACAUUUUCCUUUCGAAUUCGCUGGUAUGAUUCAGAAUUCAUUGUUCCAUCAAUGAUGGCAAGCCGUCCUGGCCCAGAUGCAGCAAAACGGGCCCAAACCAUGAUACUACCACCACCAUGCUUCACAGAUGUGAUCAGGUUCUUGUGCUGGAAUGCAGUGUUUUCCUUUCUCCAAACAUAACGCUUCUCAUUUAAACCAAAAAGUUCUAUUUUGGUCUCAUCCAUCCAUAAAGCAUUUUUCCAAUGGCCUUCUGGCUUGUCCACGUGAUCUUUAGCAAACUGCAGACGAGCAGCAAUCUGUGGGUGGUAAAAGAGAGCAACUGGACUUGUUCCUGUUAUCCUCCUUGUCCAUUAUGUUCCUUUUUCUGCUCUUGAAGAAAGCCCAGUUGGGAUACGCACAGUUCUGAAGUGCUUUCUUGAUGUGAUUUUGCUCCUUCUCUUUUCCCUCUACUGUUGCAAGGUCCUAAUGACCCCCAGUUUGUGUUCCAGUGGGUGGUGAGAGUCGAAGAGUAGGUAUUGGUCUCUGUGUGUGUGGGUUUCCGGUAGACCUCGAUGCUAAGGCUUCUGUCUUGUCUAAUGUGUACAUCACAAUCCAAGAAGGCUAGAUUAUUCCCACUGACAUCCUCCCAAGUGAAAUUGAUGUUGAUAUCCACUGCAUUGAUGUGCUUAGAGAAGUCUUCCACCUCAUGGGUUUUGAUUUUAAGCCAAGUGUCAUCCACAUAUCUGAACCAGUGGCUGGGAGCAACUCCUGAAAAAGUGGUCAAAGCUUUAUGUUCCACUUCCUCCAUGUAUCGAUUGGCCACAGUAGGGGACACUGGUGAGCCCAUGGCGCAUCCAUGCUUCUGUCUGUAGAAACUUUCAUUAAACUGGAAAUAGGUUGUGGUCAGGCAGAGGUCAAGCAGGGUGCAAAUCUGGUCCGUGGUGAGGUUCAUUCUAUCCAGUAAGGUGUUGUCUUGAAGGAGUCGUUUUCUACUCUAUCUGUCUGUCUGUCUGUCUGUCUAUCUAUGGGUUCGCAAACUUUCAAGCACCACUGUAUGUGUUGGGGUCAAUGUGGGGCGGAUUUGUUUCCCUUUUUUGUGUUGAUGGGUGUGAAUCAUCAUAAUAAACUGUAU